AUGGAUGCUGGACGCGCUUGGCGUCGUGGUAAUGAUCCAUGGGUUACCCGCCGUCAGCAGGACAGCGGUGACGAUGUGUCGUCAACGACCUUUGGCACCCCACCUGAAGAGCUUUGCGGCGCAGUAGCUCCUCCACGAACACUGGGCGCCGAUCGCCGAUUCAUUGUUCCGCUGACUGCUACGCGCACCCAAGUGACUCGUGCCCCCCCCGUAUGGCCCCGGAGAUUCAUGGCAGCUGGCUACGACCGUACGCAUCACUCUGUGCUGGACGACAAGGACGGCCCGGAGGUCGGCUCUUAUCUAUCAGGAAGCUUAUGGGUCUUCGCAAUGCAGAAGUCGUCUUCAGAUGACAUUGGUCAGUUCUGCAGAAGUGUUAUCGACGACGCUGGAUGGACGGCGGUACUGCCUUUGUUCUGUACCCACGUCGCGAUUAUUCAAGGCCUGCCAGAUCUCUACUCGAGAGUCAACAUCGGGGCUGCAAUUAACAAUAAAGCCAGUACAAUCACAGGCAUAGUCCAAAUAGCCAUGCUCCGGACUCUUCCGCUGGAGAUCUGGUUGCAGAUCAUCGAGGAGGCCGGUGCAGCAGGCGAAUACGAUGCGCUGGAAGCGUGCGCAAAGGCCAACCGUGGAGGCUUGCUGGAGGAGAGAGCGCAGAGGUGCAUUCCAGACGAAAUGACAUUUAGGACGCAGGAGGACGUGGCAAGCAUCAAUAUGAGGCAGCGCUGGAAGGGUCCAAAGGAAGUACGCAUCGAAGGAGGGAGGCAGAGCGGUGAGCGGCGUCCCAUUCCACACCUGGCGACAUUCGCAUCGAGGCUCGCAGGAAAGUGGACUAAUGUCAAAGAGCUGACAAUCGAGAGGGCGGAGUGGCGGGUCCAUGAUCUCGUUCUGCCUUCCCUCAUACUCGAUUUGGCCUGCCUCGGCAUCGAACAUCUUCGCCUCUAUGACAUCACCUUCCCAACGAUCCUGACGUUUUGGCGCCUCGUCUGCGGCCUCCCAAACCUAGAUACGCUUGGCCUCUGUGAUGUCAAGUUCAUGAAGGUCGAAGCCCCUGCGCUCUCGGCCUUGCGCCGUUCAAGUUCUGUGAAUCCCUCCUCAUUGCAUCUCGGUGAACUCGACACCGAGCGACCUAGAUCACCGACAACGUGCUCCGCUGUGCUGCUAGCGCAGACCAUGACAUGCUUCAAGAAACCUUCAUGGGAACGUCUCUCCAGACUGCGUUUCCAGGAUGUCAAGCUUCCGGCUGCUGCUGUCUUUGGACGCCUACUUGGCGCCCUUCCCGCCCUCCAACAUCUCACCAUCGACGGGCCAUGCACUUUCUCGCAACAGGGCUUCGACCUUGCAGAGAGCGCUGUUCACCCUGAAACUACAUCACAAAUAUGUACGCUCGAGCUGGGCAAGGACUUCUCGUUGUGCUCUGAUGCCCAGUCUGUGCAUCACCUCGUCGACAUCCUCAUCCAAUCUGGUGCCAUUCGCCGCCUGGGGUUCAUCAAAGCUUGCUUGUCCCCGUCCUUGCAUGUACCAACAAGCAUAGAUGUCGCUCUCAAUAGACUUGUCACGCAUGCUGGCGAGUCACUGAGAGAAUUGACCCUCCAGGUACUCCCGCUGGACAGUAUACCACUGUUCAAAGAAGCAUACGUGUAUGGAGCUCCGAGUACAGUCCAUCGGUUGUUCCUCUACUGGGGAUUCUUCAUCACGUCACAUCAGUACACAUGCUCGAACUGUUCUUUCAUGUCGUGGUGA